UUUACUGUGGUGCGUUGAAUUGUUUGUUUAUGUUUUUAGUGUUGUUAUGAGAUGAUGCUGCGCCGACUUGUUUCUCAAACUAGACGUUUAUUUGCACUUGAACCUGUAGUUAACUUCGCACCUUCAUCAUAUAAAAUCUGCAGAUAUUUCUGUGAACACCGGAAUAAUUCUGUUGAAGACUCAAAGAAACAAAAUGAAGAGACUCAGAUUUCGGGGGCUUUUGCGGGCAAAUACCGCAUAUUUAGGGAUGAGGAUUCGCCUAUAAUUCUAGAUGUUCAAGAAGAGAGACUUAUUAGUGAUGGCGUUGCCCAAGAUAUUGAAACACACGAAGACUUCGACGAAUUCUAUGGAUUAUCUCUUGCUCGUAGGAUUUUAGAACAGAUUCUGAGCUCAAACAUAAUGAUGCACCUUGAACAGAAUGAUAUCUCCAUGCCAACUGGCAAGUACUCUGGUAACACCGGUCUUGAGAAACAAACUUGUGCUUUUCAACCUCCUAGAAGCCAUGGAUCAAGGCAACCAGGAGGAGUGACUGGUGUUUUUGAAAUAGAGGAACUUGUGAGUAUCCUCAGGAGAGAGAAUAUGUUAGAUAUUUUUGUUGUGUCGGUACCUCCUGAAAUUAAGUAUGUGAAUUACAUGGUAAUAGUCACUGGAAAAUCACCAAGGCAUAUGUAUGCAACGGCAGAAUUUGUAAGAAGAGUUUUCAAAAAGAAACGACACCCACAUGAUAGAAUACCAGAGAUAGAAGGUAAAGACUCAAAGGAUUGGAUUGCCAUGGAUCUAGGUAAUAUUGCAUUGCACAUUUUUUCCAAAACUGCAAGACUGACUUAUGACCUGGAAUCAUUAUGGUCUGUUGGAGCUGAAUAUGACAGACUUAGUAACAAGAAAGAUGAUCCAGUGGUGGAAUUACUCUUGCAGCAUUCUGUAUUUUUAGGAGACAUAAAGCCUUCAGAAACCAAAGGUUAACAUAAAGCAGAAAGAUGUUUUGUGCCUUGAAUUGUAGUUCAUUGUGUAAACACUGUGUCCUAGGUUCCAGCAGCAUUGUCAAAUAGUCUGUUACAUAAUAUUUUGACUGCGUGAAUUGUCUAUAGGUGCUGUGAGCAGUGAUCUCUGAUAUAAUCACUGCCAGAAACAGUAACCAAUUGAAGUCAAGACACAAUCACUUUAGUUCCAGAAGAAGCUGAGCAACCAUCAAAUUGUUUCUGAAAAGUGAAACCAAGGAACUUAACUGAAUCAGGAAAUCAUAUUUUAUCAAGAAUUGUACAUUCAAACUGAAAUACUUGUGUUUAAUUUAUUGUAUGUUAAUGAAUUAGGAUUGUUUGCUUUUAAGUAUAUAUUAUAUAAAUAU